GGAGCCAUGACAAUCUUUUCCUUGAUUCUUGCUGCCAUCAUUCUUCUUGCUCAAAUUUUCUCAGCCAGAGGAGGAUUUCAAAGACAACUACACUGUCAGAGAAUGGAUGGUCGCUGCGAAGUCGAAUGCCUUUCCUUUGAAGAUAAGAUUGGAGGCUGCCGAGCUGAACUGACACCAUUUUGCUGCAAAAAAAGAGAGAAUAAUUAAAAGCUAAGCUGCGACUACACACAGGGAGGAGGUGGGGACGCCGGCUGGGCUCUCAGGGCAGCAGUCCUCUCUGGGUCUUCUCUCCUGGGCCUCCAAAUUCUGGAUUCUCUGAAGUUGGC